ACACAACACGCCUGCAGCGUUAACUCGUGAAACUGAUUUCUUCAAAGCGGCUGGUGCACAUUUGGUGCUUUGUAUAACCUUUAAGUGUGCCCUAGAUUUUUAAUGCCUGCUUUUUUAGUUCGGGAAAUACUAUUUUCGUGGAUUUAGCACAUUUCGUUCCGUUAUCUGCUGUGACAGUGUGAAAAGUCAGCCUCGGCGUGGACGUGGUCAGUUGGCGUGUCCCGUGUCGGAGUGACGGCUGUGCAGUCCUAUGAUUCCUCCGAACCAAUUUUUGCGCUGGCCCCUUUUCUAACAUACUGUAUCUCUAACUUUAGUUAUACCGUGACCUAUUUACACCUUCGUUGGAAGUUGAAGACAGUCGGGGUUCAAGAUGUCGGUAGCGGGUUUCAAGAAGCAGUUUUAUAAAGCCAGCCAGAUGGUAAGUGAGAAAGUUGGAGGUGCUGAAGGAACUAAACUAGAUGAUGACUUCAGAGACUUGGAACGGAAAGUAGAUGUGACCAGUAAAGCGGUAGUGGAGGUUAUCUCCAAAACAUCAGAGUACCUUCAGCCCAACCCAGCAUCACGGGCCAAACUAUCCAUGUUGAACACCAUGUCUAAGAUCCGCGGCCAGGUGAAGAACCCAGGCUACCCUCAGGCCGAGGGGCUGCUAGGAGAAUGUAUGAGCAAGUAUGGACGGGAGCUCGGAGAGGAGACUAACUUUGGCGGAGCGCUAGUAGAUGUUGGAGAGGCUAUGAAGAGAUUGGCAGAAGUCAAAGACUCUCUAGAUAUCGAUGUCAAACAGAACUUCAUCGAUCCAUUGCAAGGGCUCUGUGACAAGGACCUCAGAGAGAUACAGCAUCAUCUGAAGAAGCUGGAAGGCCGUCGCUUGGACUACGAUUACAAGAAAAAGCGUCAGGGCAAGAUCCCAGAUGAGGAGGUUCGACAGGCCCUGGAGAAGUUUCAUGAGUCUAAGGAAGUGGCCGAGACGAGCAUGUACAACCUGCUGGAGACUGACAUAGAGCAGGUGAGCCAGCUGUCAUCCCUGGUGGAGUCCCAGCUGCAGUACCACAGACAGGCUGUGCAGGUGCUGGAGGAGCUUUCUGACAAACUGAAAGAGAGGUGCAGUAAUGCGACCUGCCACACACAAAUAUCAACAUUCUGCAGGGCUCCAAAAUUUGAGAGUGUGCGACUGAAUUUUACAUCCAGUCGC